CUUUGCGUUCUCUCUCCCUCUCCCAACAUGGCGGCCUCAGCAAAAAAGAAGAAUAAGAAGGGGAAGACCAUCUCCCUAACAGACUUUCUAGCUGAGGACGGGGGUACUGGUGGAGGAAGUACCUAUGUCCCCAAGCCAGUCAGCUGGGCUGAUGAAACAGAUGAUCUGGAAGGAGAUGUGUCAACAACUUGGCAGAGUAACGACGAUGAUGUGUAUAGGGCACCUCCAAUUGACCGUUCCAUCCUUCCCACUGCUCCACGGGCUGCUCGGGAACCCAAUAUUGACCGGAGCCGUCUUCCCAAAUCACCACCCUACACUGCUUUCCUGGGGAACCUGCCCUAUGAUGUGACAGAAGACUCCAUUAAGGAAUUCUUUAGAGGAUUAAAUAUCAGCGCUGUACGCUUACCACGUGAACCCAGCAAUCCCGACAGGUUGAAAGGUUUUGGCUAUGCAGAAUUUGAAGACCUGGAUUCUCUGCUCAGUGCUCUGAGUCUCAAUGAAGAGUCUCUAGGUAACAGGCGAAUUCGAGUGGACGUUGCUGACCAAGCACAGGAUAAAGACCGGGAUGAUCGUUCUUUCGGUCGAGAUAGAAAUCGGGACUCUGACAAAACAGACACAGACUGGAGGGCCCGUCCUGCCACAGACAGCUUUGAUGACUACCCACCUAGAAUAGGGGAUGAUAGCUUUGGAGACAAGUAUCGAGAUCGUUAUGAUUCAGACCGGUAUCGGGAUGGAUAUCCGGACGGGUAUCAGGAUGGCCCACGCAGAGAUAUGGAUCGUUAUGGGGGCCGGGAUCGCUAUGAUGACCGAGGCAGCAGAGACUAUGACCGAGGCUAUGACUCCAGGAUAGGCAGUGGCAGAAGAGCAUUUGGUAGUGGGUACCGCAGAGAUGAUGACUACAGAGGAGGUGGGGACCGCUAUGAAGACCGGUAUGACAGAAGGGACAAUCGGUCCUGAAGCUCCAGGGACGAUUACUCUCGGGAUGAUUAUAGACAUGAUGACAGAGGUCCCCAAAGACCCAAACUGAAUCUAAAACCUCGGAGUACUCCUAAGGAAGAUGAUUCCUCUGCUAGCACCUCCCAGUCCAGCCGAGCAGCUUCUAUCUUUGGAGGGGCAAAGCCUGUCUACACAGCUGCUGGAGAAAGAGAGGUAGAAGAGCGGCUACAGAAGGAGCAAGAGAAGUUGCAGCGGCAGCUGGAUGAGCCAAAACUAGACCGCCGGCCACGGGAGAGACACCUAAGUUGGCGAAGUGAAGAAACUCAGGAAAGAGAAAGGUCGAGGACAGGAAGUGAGUCAUCUCAGACUGGGACCUCAGCCACAUCUGGCAGAAAUACACGAAGGAGAGAGAGUGAGAAGUCUCUAGAAAAUGAAACCCUCAAUAAAGAAGAAGACUGUCACUCUUCAACCUCCAAACCUUCUAAACCUGAUCAGCCUCUAAAGGUAAUGCCAGCCCCUCCACCAAAGGAGAAUGCGUGGGUGAAGCGAAGCUCUAACCCUCCUGCUCGAUCUCAGAGCUCAGACACAGAGCAGCAGUCCCCUACAAGUGGUGGAGGGAAAGUAGCUCCAGCUCAGCACUCUGAGGAUGGACCGUCAAGAAAAGAUGAAAAUAAAAUAGAUGGGUUAAGUGUCCCAAAAGGCCAAACUGGGAUCUCAAGUCGUGGUCCUGGAGAUGGGGGGAACAAAGACCACUGGAAGGAGUUGGAUAGGAAAGAUGGCAGAAAAGAUCAAGACUCCAGAUCUGCACCUGAGCCAAAGAAAUCUGAGGAGAACCCAGCCUCUAAGUUUAGUUCUGCGAGCAAGUAUGCUGCUCUCUCUGUGGAUGGUGAAGAUGAGGAUGAGGGAGAUGACCAGGCUGAGUAGACCUCCUCGUGCUGUGCUUUCUUCUAGUCUCCACCCCGGAAGAUUCGAGAGCAAAUCAAACCUCUAUCCAGACAAGAAAAAAUAAAACUCACCAUCUCCUGAA